GCGCAACAAAUAUCAUUCAGUAUAAUCUUACAUAGUGAAUUAACACUAUUAGACUGUAAAGGAGUAUUCCACUAUUCCGAAUCGAUCUUUAUUUACUUAAAUAUACAAAAGAUAUCAAACAAUUUUAACUCUUCUUGUAGGUGCCUGUUUACAAAUAAUCUGGAUAUUUAAUUGCUUUCAAGGGUAUUGUUAGAGCCUAUUUCGUUCUUGAAGGCGAAAAUUGAUUGGAUUCGUAAACCACUACUAAUCAUAACAAUGGCCUCCCAAAAAAAGCAAGGAGAGCGUGUUCUUCCUGUGCGAUCGACUAGAAAACGUCGCCAAUUACCUGACAUGCUUUAUUACGAUGAGAAUACUGAUUCUUAUGUUAUGCCUGAGCAUAAGCAAGAGUCUCCAAAUUCCAAGCAGACCAGUCAGGCUUCCUCUCUCACUUCUGAGCAAGUUGCAAACUUGCAAGUCGAGCAUGCUCGUGAGCUUAGAGUUCAAGAGCUAAUGGAAUCAAAGCUUCAUCAUAUUCGAAAACAGCAACGUAAACAGAGAUAUCAGAGAUUCCAAUGGAUGCAAGAUUAUCAACAGUGGGAUAAAUCAGAAGACCAAGACCAGUGGAAUUCAGAUACCGAAACUAUCGGUCCCGCCGAGCAGGUUUCAGCAUUUGUAGACGCUCUCCGCUUUUCUGAGCAAUUUAUGCAAAUUGAACAAAACUAAACGACUAUGAAACGUCUCAGAAAAAAUUACUGCAAUCCACAUUCACGCUCUAUGUAUAGGUCAGAGAGAUUAUUUUAUUUUAUUUAUGAUUUUCAAAAGUUCUUAGGAUGAUUGGAUCAAUUGUUUUGACGAAUGAAAGAAAGGAAAAGUACCGAUUUGGAGUUAGAAGAUUGAAAACAACAAGAAUAAAUAAUUAUUUGAUAUAAGCUAUACUUUUGAUGAAGAAAUUCCAUCUUUAUGAGGAAUAAUGUUUGGGAAGGGAUGGG